CUACCGUGGUUGUUGGCCACAGCGUGGGAAGAAGCUCUGGGGGAGUGCAGAGCUCCGGUCACGGCUCCUUGGGGGUAACCGCAGUGGGGCGGGCAGAACGGGCCGGGUCCCCCGCAGGAGCCCCCGAGGGACGACGGGCGGGCGCGCGGGCGCCUGAGGACUCUGCGACUUCCGCUGCCUUUGGGUCGGCGCCCUCCCCAGCCCCCGAGGCGGCUCCCAGGGAGCACUCGGCGGACCUUCAGAAACGCUGGGCAGGUCUGCGUUCGGACCGAGGCCCUGUCCCUGGGAGCCGACAUGUGGGGGCCUGAGCUCUGGCUGCCGCUGCUGCUCCUGGCGUCGCUCACAGGCCGGGGCGCGGCUGGCGAGCUGGAGAGCGCGGACCUGGUGACCGUGGUGCUGGGUCAAGACGCGAGGCUCCCCUGCUUCUACCGAGGCGACCCGGACGAACAGGUGGCGCAGGUGGCCUGGGUGCGCCUGGAUGGGGGCGAGGGCCUGCGGGAGCUGGCGCUGCUGCACGCCCAGUACGGGCUGCACGUGAGCCCGGGCUACGAGGGCCGCGUGGAGCAGCCGCCGCCGCCACGGAGCCCCCUGGACGGCGCGGUGCUGCUGCGGAACGCGGUGCAGGCGGACGAGGGCGAGUACGAGUGCCGCGUGAGCACCUUCCCCGCCGGCAGCUUCCAGGCGCGGCUGAAGCUCCGCGUGCUGGUGCCUCCCCUGCCCUCACUGAACCCUGGCCCAGCGCUGGAAGAGGGCCAGGGCCUGACGCUGGCCGCCUCAUGCACAGCGGAGGGCAGCCCGGCCCCCGCCGUGACCUGGGACACGGAGGUCAAGGGCACCACGUACAACCGCUCCUUCGCGCACUCCCGCUCGGCCGCGGUCACUUCGGAGUUCCACCUGGUGCCCAGCCGCAGCAUGAACGGGCAGCCGCUCACCUGCGUGGUGUCCCACCCGGGGCUGCUGCAGGACCAGAGGAUCACCCACGUCCUCCGAGUGGCCUUCCUUGCCGAGGCCUCCGUGAGGGGCCUGGAAGACCGGAAGCUGUGGCAGGUGGGCAGAGAAGGCGCUACGCUCAAGUGCCUGAGUGAAGGGCAGCCCCCUCCCUCCUACAACUGGACCCGGCUGGACGGGCCUCUGCCGAGCGGGGCGCACGUGGAAGGGGGCACCCUGGGCUUCCCCCCGCUGGCCCCCGAGCACAGCGGCGUGUACGUCUGCCACGUCAGCAACGCGCUGUCCUCGAGGGACUCUCGGGUCACCGUGGAGGUGGUCGCAGACCCAGAGGAGACCACAGGGAAGCAGGUGGACGUGGUGUCCGCCUCGGUGGUGGUGGUGGGGGUGAUCGCAGCGCUCCUCCUGUGCCUGCUGGUGGUGGUGGUGCUGCUGAUGUCGCUGUACCACCGGCGCAAGGCCCAGCAGAUGACCCAGAAAUUCGAGGAGGAGCUGACCCUGACCAGGGAGAACUCCAUCCGGAGGAUGCAUUCCCACCACGGGGACCCCCGGAACCAGCCGGAGGAGAGUGUAGGGCUGAGAGCCGAGGGCCACCCCGAUAGUCUCAAGGACAACAGUAGCUGCUCUGUGAUGAGCGAGGAGCCGGAGGGCCGCAGCUACUCCACGCUGACCACGGUGAGGGAGAUAGAGACGCAGACCGAGCUGCUGUCGCCAGGCUCCGAGCGGGCGGAGGAGGAGGAGGACGGCGACGAAGGCAUCAAGCAGGCCAUGAGCCACUUUGUGCAGGAGAAUGGGACGCUGCGGGCCAAGCCCACGGGCAACGGCAUCUACAUCAACGGGCGGGGGCACCUGGUCUGACCCAGGCCCGCCUCCCCGAGCCGGGCCUCCUCUGCCGACGUGGGGGCGCCCCACUCUCCCAGGCCCCCCACCCCACGGACUGCUCGACCUUUCCCUCCGGCCCCUGCUCUGGUGCCGGGACGGCCGUUGGCUGCGUCCCUGUGCCGUGCGUGCAGGUCACUGAGUGAGUGUGCGUGUGUGUGUGCGUGUGCGUGUGUCGGCUGGGGGAGUGCGUGGAGGGGUGGCCGUGCCCGGACGCAGCGUGGAGAGUGCGUGGCUGUGUGACCUCCGCCUGUGAACACAGACAGGCGUUUGCUUCAGACCCCAGAGCAGUAUUAGUGACGCAGAGGCUGGAGGCCAGAGGCGGAGACGGCAGGCAUCCCCAGGUGUGCGGGCACCGCUGGGGCUGGGACCUGGCCUCCCGAGCGGGGGAGCUGGGCUCCCCCACGGGGCACGAGGGCGCGAGGGGUGCCCGCUGCUGCAGAAGAAGCCCUCUGCCCUCCGGUGGCCUCGGGGCCUGCUGCGGGGACAUGCUCUCUUCGAGGACCGAUGUUCUGAACACUCUGAGAAGAAAAGACUUAAACAGACUUUUGAUUUGUAUGAAGUCACUCCCACUUCAAGUGAGGCCAGUCUGUGUGGGAGCCCGGCACAGCCCAGACCCCGGGACUGACUUCCUGGGGGCCUGAGGGAGGCUUGUUCUGGGCACCCGAGCCCGGGCGGCCUCUCUGGGGGGACCUGGGGCUGGUGGGGUUGGAGGUGUCCACCGGGGUUGUGACUUGGGGGCAGGGUCUGUCCUGGGUCCCCCAGGCUCCUGUUUCCUUCGCGGUGUCCACAGUGGCCUGUGCCCCGUGGGCGGUUGUUGGGACUCGGUGCUGAGGGUUCCUGGCUCGGUUGUUGGGGAAAGAGGGUGGGGGUCCAGGGUACACGACGGAGCUGCCAGGGGCAAUGCCGCCUCCGUCCCCAGGGUCUUGGGGCCACCCCUCGGGGCUCCUCUGGCCGUGUCUCUGGGUGGAGGCUGGGUUUCGAUGGGGCCUGUUUCUGCCUGGUCCCCCCAGAUGCACGUGGCCCGAGUCCCUCGGCUGAGUGCCCCAACCCCGCCCGGCCUCACGCCCUCUGGGUCUCUGGGACAGAGGAGAGACUCCCCGCCCUGCCCCCCAGCCAGCCCGGGACCUUGGAUCUGGCUUCCUCAUAUGUACAUUCCAUGUAAAUAUGUGCACAUUUGUACAUACAAAGCGAUAUUCUGUUUUUAAAUAAACAGAUGGAAAACUCC